ACAUCUGCUGUCUGCACAGAGCAGCACACAGAGCCUCACGACCCUUCACGCUGCAAACCAGUUCUGACGUUAGAACAGCAGAAAAGCGGAGACCUGGAGGUUUUUAGGAUUUACUGGACCUCUUUCGGAUGUCUGAAGAAACACUGUUGAGGAGCUCUGACUAAGCAGACUUAUAAGGAGGGAUCUUGGCUCCUGCAGCCAUUUCCCCUGCAGGGCUGAGCUCUUUGGCUGGCUUGCCACUUCCUUAGCAGAGGGACUGCUGGCAGGGGCAACAUCUGAGCAGGUCAUGAAGCCUCAGGAGGCAGAGCUUGUUACUGAAAUCUCCAAGUUACAAUGCAUGGUCUCGGAGCUGAAGUCGGGGUUCACCAGCGCUCUGCUGGAGCUCAGUCAGAUCCAACAUGGAGACACAUACCUGAGAGAGGAGCUGGAGGAGAACAGGAGGAGCUGUCAGAAAAAAGCUUUAAGGCUGGAGGCUCUAGUCGACUCACUGAGGGAGGAACUCAGUGUGAUGAGGUGUCAGAUCGUGCAGCUGUACAGCAACAGACACAGACCUCAGCAGGAUGGAAAAAGCUCCACAUCCAAGCAAAGAGAAAGGUACACAUGUACCACGACCCUGGAAGAAUGCAUUGCUAUUGCUGACAUACCUCGCAGCGAUCCAGCUGAGCCGCAGCGUGUACAGCGUCAGUGUGAUUGUUCAUCUGCUCCCCCUGCCUGUCUGUCCAGAGGAAAACUGCUUCUUCACUGUUUCCUGCAGGGCCUCAAAGCUGGUCUCAGUGAAGGCACAGAUGCACGCCAUCAGGUCACGAUGCAGCUCCUGCACUCUGAGUGGGAAUAUGUGUCAACCUUAAACCAGCUGUAUGACAAAUACAAGACCCCACCGGCUCACCACAUGACUGCAGAACCAUAUCAGACCUAUUUGAAGUUUGUGGAGCAGCUGUUACAGCGCCAUCUGCUCUUCAGAAAUACACUGCAGGAGCGGUUAUCAGCUGAACACUGGAAAUCUCUGAUUGGAGACAUCCUGGUGCAGCUUAUUGGCCACAACGAUACAGCUUUUUCAGACAUGUACCUCGGAUACACAACGACCCUGGCGUCAUUCCUCUCACUUGAGUUCAAGAGACUCAAUCAUCCUGACAAGAGUCAAAUUUUGCAGGGCAGCCAGAUGGAGAGAGAGGAAAUGAAACUGCUCUCCUUGCUUUUGGCACCUGUCGCGCGCAUACACAGCUACCUGAGUCACAUUCAGAACCUCUUGCAGUGGACUGGUAAAGAGCAUCCUGACUGCAGCCUGUUGUUGGGAACUGAGCGAGCUCUGAGGAGCAUUUUAUCCCGCUGUCAUGUAAUUCUCGAGGAAGACGUCCGGUGGGAAGAAGGAGAAGUAGCUGGACAAAGCACCUCUGAUGCUGGGGCUGGCGUUUCUGCUGCAAACUGUUGCACGAGGAGCCAGCACACCAGAGAGUCUCAGCAGGCCAGGGAAGAGUCAAACGCUGCUGCUCAGAGCAGAGAAGAGCAGAUAGCUGUCGGCCUCAGCAAUGGCGUGAAUGGCUGCCAGUCAAUGCGUGUGGAGUGUUGGUCCUGCAGCCCUGUGAGAAGAGACCGAGCCCUCCUGAACCAGCCGGCCCAUGACUGUGGACAUGCCUACUGCUCCCUCCUCACUCCAGACACAGCAGGAUGGGGAGACAACAGCGACUCAGGCCAGGGCACCUUCAGCCAGCCCACGGGGAAAGGCACCAACGAGCUAGAGGCACCUCGCACGAACCACAGCCUGGAAGACUGUGAGACAGACCCCGAUGACACCUCUGCCUUUGACUAUUCCUCAGUCACCUCAUGUAGCCCUGAUGGCACUCUGCGCAGAGAAAUGACCGGUAGCAACAGCGGGGAGGAUGAAGAGGAAGACAGCCAGGUGCCAGUGCUGUUAAAGCCCUCAUACAGUCAGCAGCAGCAGGUCAAAGAGACACCAAGAGAGAGGACUGUGUGUCUGAGGUGGCAGAUUCCAAGACUGACCCCUCACCCUCCUCUGAGGAACCCAUCAGGACCCCACAUGGACGGGCCAACGCCGUGUCUCGUCAGCUCCUACGGGAAGAGGUUAGUCAGCGUUAGAAAGGGAUCGCCUCCUCUUCACCCGAAAAGUGCCUUCAGGCCAAUCUGGGAUGAUCCAUCAAAGCAGGCUGAUUCAGCCCCAGAGAAAGACAACAGGCAAGGUUUCAUUCCGAUUCAGGCUCCAGCGAGGCAAAACUUUCAGAAUUUCAACCCGAGCAGAGAAAAUUUGAGGACAGGGCUGGCUCAGCAGCGAGUGAACCAUGCAGCAGCAGCCACGAGCAGUGGAGGAUUGUGGGAUGACAGUGAGGACAGCGAGGGACCCUGCAGCACUGUUUGAUAACUGCCAUUUAAAAAAAUCCAAAACCUGAGCACAAGCGUUUUUCCACAAGGCCUCUAAAGUUGUGAAGUGCAUGAAUGAGCAAUGAGCAACUAACAAUCAGGGACUGUUUUUGGAUUUGAUGUUAAAUUAAAGCUUGAUUGAGCUCUGCA